AUGUCUGAGGUAGAGAAAGAAAAGCAAGAGAACGUUGUCUCUGGCCAAGCUGUCGAGUCACUUUAUGUUUCCGUUUCUGGGUCAUCUCAUUCAAGUCAUGAUGACGGCAGGGAACCAACCGAGGAAGAACUCGCAACCUUAAGAAGGGUUAGUGAAAAGAUUCCUAUCAGUUGUUGGUUAGUUGCUAUUGUCGAAUUGGCCGAAAGAUUUACUUACUAUGGUUUAUCUGCUCCAUUUCAAAACUAUAUGCAAAAUGCUCCCGGUGAUACUCCACCAGGUGUUUUAAACUUGAAGAAUCAAGGUGCUACAGCUUUGUCUUACUUUUUCCAAUUCUGGUGUUACGUAACUCCAAUUUUGGGUGCUUAUAUUGCUGAUACUUUCUGGGGUAAAUACAAGACUAUCUUCGUCUUCUGUAUUAUUUACAUGCUUGGUGUUUUUGUUUUAUUUAUCACUUCUGUCCCUUCAAUCACCAGUCAUUCUACUGCUUUGGGAGGUUACGUCGUAGGUAUUAUCAUUAUUGGUAUUGGUACUGGUGGUGUUAAGUCCAAUGUAGCACCUUUGAUUGCUGAUCAAGUCCAAAAGACUAGUCCUGUUAUUAAGGUUUUAAAGUCAGGUGAAAGAGUCAUUCAAGAUCCUAACGUUACCAUUCAAAAUGUUUUCAUGUUCUUCUAUUUGAUGAUUAAUAUUGGUUCCUUGUCUGUUAUUGCUACCACUGAGUUGGAAAAACAUGUCGGUUUCUGGGCUUCCUUCCUCUUACCUUUCUGUUUUUUCUUUAUUGCUAUUGGUGCCUUGGUUUUGGGUAGAAACCAGUACGUUAAAGUGCCUGUCAGUGAUAAGAUCAUUUCCAACUGUUUCAAGUGCACCUUUGUUGCCAUUAAGAAUAAGUUCAACUUGGAUGCUGCUAAACCAUCUUUAAACCCCAAUCAACAAUUCCCCUGGGAUGACAGAUUUGUUGAUGAAGUCAAGAGAGCUCUCUACGCUUGUAAGGUUUUCUUGUUCUACCCUAUCUACUGGGUUGUCUACGGUCAAAUGUUGAACAACUUUGUUUCUCAAGCUGGUCAAAUGGAAACUCAUGGAUUACCCAACGAUAUCUUGCAAGCAAUUGAUUCCAUUGCCAUUAUUCUCUUCAUUCCAAUUUGUGAACGCUUCAUUUACCCUUUCAUUAGAAAAUUCACGCCUUUCAGAGCCAUUACCAAGAUCUCUUGGGGUUUCAUGUUUGGCGCAGCAGCUAUGGCCUACGCUGCUGUUUUGCAACAUUUCAUUUACAAAGCUGGUCCUUGUUAUGACCAUCCAUUAGCAUGUGAUCCCAAAUAUAAGAACACACCAAACCGUAUACACAUUGCUUGGCAAGUUCCAGCUUAUUGCUUUAUUGCCAUUUCUGAAAUUUUGGCUUCCAUUACCGGUUUGGAAUACGCUUACACUAAGGCUCCUGUUAGAAUGAAGUCUUUCAUUAUGGCUUUAUUCUUGCUCAUGACUGCCUUUGGUUCUGCUUUAGGUAUAGCCAUGUCUUCCACUAGUGUUGAUCCUAAAUUGGUUUGGACUUACACAGGUUUGGGUGUAUCUUGUUUCAUUGCUGGUGUUUUGUUCUGGUUCACAUUCAAGCACUACAAUUAUAAGGAAGAUGAUUUGAAUGCUUUGGAUUACCAAAAAGAUUCACUUGUGACUGAAGCCUCUAUCAUUGAUGAAGAGGCUCUUAAGCGUUAA